ACACAUCUCCGAAUCCGCCACCCUCUUUUCUCUCCCCUCUCCCCCCCUGUGCGCGACAAGCAGCAGCAGACGACGACGACGACGACUGUUCCGUCGGUGAGGAAGGGUUCUUCUUGCGGCAGCCUUUGUCUACCCUCGGAGAAGAGCCGGGCUGCGAUAGCAGGCAGGCAGGCAGGCGGGUGAGCAAGCAAGAGCGCCUCGCAGCGCUCUCCUCGAUCUCACCUCUUCGCUAGAUCUCUUCGUCCCCUUUUCCCCUUUCGUCUUCUCCGAAUUAAGAUUCGGAUCCCGCUCGCUCUCGCUCUCUUUGGCUAUCUGAUGAAGGAGAAUUGACCGGUUGAGGUCGCGUUUCCUGUCCCCCGCUGCUCCCCCCGGCUGAGGGUGAAACGCUAUGAAGGGGCGGUCGCAGCGGCUGCCCCCGGCGGAGCCCCCGGACGACUGGGGCGACGGGUCGUGGACGGUGGACUGCUCCUGCGGCGUCACCUUCGACGACGGGGAGGAGAUGGUGAGCUGCGACGAGUGCGGCGUGUGGGUGCACACCCGCUGCUCCCGCUACGUCCGCGGCGAGGCGUCCUUCGCUUGCCACAACUGCAAGGCCGCCGCCCGGAGGCUCCGCUCAGCCUCCGCCGCCGCCGUCGGGCACUUCCCCCUCCCCGUUGACACCGAGGAGACCGAGGUCGCCCAGCUCCUCGUGGAGCUCCCCACCAAGACCGAUGUCUGCCCGCCACCUCCCCCUCCGCCGCUACAGCCGGCCGACUCCGCGGCUGGGCCCCAUCGGCGCCGUCUCUGGGCGGAGAUUCCGCUCGAGGACCGUGUCCACGUGCAGGGGGUCCCCGGCGGCGAGCCGAACCUCUUCGGAGGCCUCUCAUCGAUCUUCACGUCGCAGCUCUGGAAGUGCACCGGGUACGUGCCCAAGAAGUUCAAUUUCCGAUACAGGGAGUUCCCUUGUUGGGAGGAGGACGAGGAGAAGAAAGAGGGGGAGGAGGAGGCCGAGAACCCGGCCAACAGAGGGGCUGAUGUGCUAUUCUCCCUCUCCAAGGAGAUCAUUCCUUAUGUUCCGAUGAAGAAGUUUGAUGCGGCCAUCAAGGAGGGAGAAGGGAAAGUCUCAAGUGGCAGCCGCUCAUCCCUGAGUUGCAGAAAGAAGGAUAGGAGCAGGCUUCGGACAGUUGGGCAGGCAAAUGUUGCUAAGAAGAGGAGGGAGGAGCCAGGAGAAACAAAGGACUGGACCGGUAAGAAGAAGACUAGGAGUUCUGCUGAGAAAAUUGCAAGUGAUACUAAGAGGAGAGGUUCUGUACCUUUCACUGGUAUGAAGAAAUUCGAGUUCCAAAAGGACAAGGAUCUCCAGCUUGAAGAGGCAAGCGUUCCAGGUCCAAAAAGUGAAGAUCAGACAGAAGAAUUACACUCAGCAUCCUGUUUUGCUGGUCAGCCAAAAGGAAUGGGUCACAGUGACAAGCCCAAGCACCUACUUGCUGAUAGUAGUAUGAUAGCGAGAGAGGUGAAGGUUGAGAAAGUUGACCAGCUGGAAACUGUAAAAACCGAGAAAAGUGAUAAUUCUCCAAAAAUGGAUGUUGCAUCUCGAGGUGGCACAAGUCAAAUUGCAAAAGAAUCUAGUACAGAUGAGGUUAGUAGCAGAGCCAUGUACUGCAUGAAAGAACCCAAGGAUGAGAGCAAUUUUGAAGGGCGUCUAGCUAAGGUUUCUUCAAGUGUUGUGAUGGACUCAGGAACCUCAAAGCCUGCCAGUGCUGAUCUUGCAAAUGGUUGUAAAGAAUUGCUAGACAAGCCAGUACUUUCAGGCUCAAAAGAUGCAGUGAUAUUAAGCACAAAAAUGGAUGCAAAUGAAGUGAAAAUUGAAGGUGCUGAUGACCUGUCAACAGGGAAUUUAAAUUUCACUGCUCCUUGUACAGUUGCAAAGUUGCCUGCUAUAGACAGCCAACAACAUGGGCAAUUAUUGAAUCAGUUAUCUGAGGGUAUUCAGGACCAAGAAAACAAAUCUAGUUUUCCAUCUCAUGGACAUUGGUCUCAGGAUGUUAGCAGAGAGUGUAAUGAAUUUAAAGAUAGUAUAACUUCAAGAACUGGUGAGCUUCUGAAACAUUGCAGUCAAGUGGAGAAUUCAGCAGAACAAAAAGGCACACUGGAGAUAGGACAUGGUACAAAAAAUUUUAAUGAAUCUACAAACUCAAGAUUGCAAGAUUUGAAUAGUUUAAUUCCUGAUGCAGUUAAUUUGGCAGUAGGUGUCAUAAAGGAUUCUUCAACUUCAUUUUCACCAGUUGUCACCAAGCUAUCUGUUCCAUGUACAAACAUGUCUUCCAGUACGUCUACAUCCUCAGCUGGUAAGGCAAGCCAUUUAACCAAACAAGCACGAGCAAAGGUGAGCACAAAUACUGCUGCCAAGAAAGAAGGUGCACCAACUCCAGCUGGAGAAAAUAUGGGAGAGAUUUUAGAAAAUCCGGCAAAAGGUCAGUCAAAAGUUUCCCUAUUUUCUGGAUCUAGGCCAUCAAAAACUAGUAGAACAUCUUAUGAUUCUGCCUCUGAGCAUCUGGUAUCAGAUUCAAAAGAAGAAUUGCCUUUUCAAUCUUCAAAAGCUUCCGGCAAAGAGGACAGAACAGCAGUUUUACGCACUCAUGAUGUUGCUGGUUCAUUGCAGUCCCAAGUAGCUUCUGUUCAAAUAAAGCAGACUUCCACAAACCUGUCUCAUAGAACUGAAAGAAGUCAUCAGUCAGCUCCAUACACUUCCUCAAAAGUUCUAAGCACCUCUAUUUUUAUGCAUCCAUCUGCAUCAAGCAAUGCUACCACGACUUUAAGUGAUGAAGAGCUCGCACUAUUGCUGCAUCAAGAAUUAAACAGCUCUCCUAGAGUUCCCAGGGUGCCACGUGUGCGGCAAGCUGCUGGCAUACAGUCAACCCCCACCACCGGCAUGAGUGUGCUUUCCAAACGCCCUUCUGUUUCUGGGGGAAAGGAUCAAGUCUCGGUAUUCAGAAGGAAAAACAAAGAAGAUGCAUCGAAAUAUGUUACCCGCAAUUCUCAAGAGUUAAAUGAUGAGAGCAGGAAAAAGGGUAGGUUGUCAUCUUUUCCAGACCAGAGACAUCAGCAAUCAUCCAUCUCAUCAGAGAAGAAAAAGGAAUCACAGAUUAGACCUCCUGACUUGGCGUUAAUAAAGAAUAUUUCUCUUGCCUCUGGUGAAGGUGAAAAAAGUGAUCCUUUUUCCUCAUCUGAGGUUAGUGAACAUAUUACUUCUAUAGCAUGCAGCUCACCUAGGGAUAUUCCGAGAGAUGAAGGUGGUGUUAUUGUGCGCACUUUGCCUGGAUUGAUAGAUGAGAUUAUGAGUAAAGAUAAGCACAUAAGGUAUGAAGAGCUGUGCAAUGCUGUUCGCCCGCAUUGGCAUGAUUUAAGAAAACCCAAUGGCGAGCGGUAUGCUUAUCCGAGUUAUUUACAUGCGGUCCAUGAUUGUCUGAGGAACAGGAGUGAAUGGGCUCAUCUAAUAGAUCAAGGUCCUAAGACAAAUUCAAGCAAGAAGAGGAGGAAGGCCGAGGUUGACCCUGACGUGGCAACAAUUGAAUCUGAAAAUGAAAAAGCAAGGACCAGAGCUUCAAAGGAAGAAGACAACGCGGUGGACUCACAUAGAGAAGAUUUUCCAAAGCGCAAACGCAAUGCGCGGAAGCGUAGGCGACUUGAGCUACGAGGAACCGGUGUGAUGGAGGAGGGUAGGAAGAGGCGGAGCCGAGCUGCCGUUUCAGAUUAUUACUCUGCCGCAUUGUCUCAUUCGAGCAAUGAGGGCAAUGAAUCCCUCUUCAGCGAGGACGAAAGCCAAGUGGCCGGACCACAUGCUGGUGGGACCGAAACCUCUAGUUCUAGCUCAGACGACUCCACUUGAUGCUCUCAGCUGAGCUCAACCGCGAAGCCAACUAUGGGGGAUGUAGCUUGUCCUUUCAGGUCCUGAUCGAUCCAGACUAUGACGAAGGUUUCUUUUUGUGACACAACCGUGCAUUUUCUAUCACCCGUUACUCUCGAUCGUCUUCAACCAUGAACUAGGGACCAAAACUAUGUGUUGAAGGCAAAGAUUGUCACCAACUUUGUUGCAGCAGGGUUUAGGAUCGUCUUCAACCCGUUACCUCUGAUGUCGGUGGAUGUCAUUAACCCAAAGAAGUUGGCUGGCAAGUGUAACAUUAGUGUACAUGUAAAAAUUGUGCCUGCUUGUAGUCUGAAACUUGUGUUAGCAUGCCAAGACAAAAAGAGCAUAUGAUUGCAUAGCAAACUCGCAGGUCGUAGUAACUUUUUCUGGGCAGUUGGUUUAUUAUCCCUUUUUCUUUUCUUCAAGGAAACUUUUUCUCAAUCAAAUGAACUGUUCUUCA